UAGUCCGUGACUGAAAUGGCGCCUUUCACCCGAGUUAAGCACUACUUUUCAUUUCGAAUACGAGGAAAUUAAAAUACAUGCGCAUAUAAAAAAACGCUACCUAUGUAGGUAUAAACUUUUAUCUUAUUUCAAGUUCAGUGCUCUAGAACAACAACGACCCACUUUCAGAGCAUGAAAAAUGAAUAUAAAACCUUAUAUAAUGUUAUGUCUGAGUCGGUGGUAAACAAGCAUAGGGCCCGUCUGGUGGUAAGCAGUUACUGUAGCCUAUGGACGCCUGCAACUGCAAAAGUGCUGAAACGUAGCGUCACCUAAGAGGCACUGAACCAUCUGCCAAGGAACCAAAGUCAACAGGACAAACCUUAACGUUCCAAGAUACAGCGUACGUUAGCCGAGAUUAAUGCCUGGCGAAUUUGUGCAACAUUAGAGUUAAUUUUUGCCGUUACUGUUGAUUUAAAAUCCCAAGGAAGCAAAACAUUUCAUUAUAGAAUCACGAGCACUUUUUGCAUGCGCUACCUACUGGUAUUUGAAGUCACGUACACUGAAAUACACAAAUAAAUCAGUAAUUAUAUAAAAAGUAGAUAGAUAUGAUAAAACAUCGAACACAUUCAGCACUCUCAACAUAACAGCGAAAAUCGAUUGUAGCUGCUCAACCUUGGUAUACUCUGUGCUUAAGCAACUUAAGUCACUGAAUGUCAGUAGUCAGUAGUUAUUUAUCUGUGGUGCAGGAAUAACCUGUUCUCUGACUAUUUUGUUUGUUUUGUUUCGCGACUUGCAUCCAAGGUAGACGGGCGUGUUGCAAGUUCGGGCGCACUUUUUCAAAACAAUAACCAUGAUUAUAUAUUUAGCGGGCGUCUUCGUGACAUAUUUGACAUACAAAAUUUACCAUAAAAUGUCAUCGGGAAAAUGUACAUGCAAUACAAAGCUUAAUAACAAAGUGGUCAUCGUGACGGGCGCAAAUACAGGAAUCGGAUUCGAAACAGCAAAAGACCUCGCCCGGCGCGAAGCUAAGGUCAUAUUGGCUUGCAGAGACCAAGCGAAGGGCAUUAAAGCGAGAGACGAUAUUAUAAAGGCCACAGGCAAUAACAAUGUUGCUUACAAACAACUGGACCUAGCGUCAUUCAAGUCUGUGCGGACUUUUGCUUCACAAAUUCUCGAGACAGAGACCCAUGUCCAUAUCCUUAUAAACAACGCCGGCACUGGGAAACUAGAUAAUUCACUAACCGAAGAUAACCUUCCUAUAGAAAUGCAAAUCAACCAUUUCGGUCCCUUUCUGCUAACGAAAUUGCUUUUACCGAUGAUCAAAAAUUCGGCUCCAGGUAGGAUAAUCAAUGUGUCCUCCCUGUUGCACCGAUAUGGCACGAUAGACUUGGAUAAUAUUCACAAACCGGCAAAAAGCUGGCUGCAGCACUCCCGUGUAUACUCAAACUCUAAGCUGGCCAACGUGCUGUUUACCAAGAGGCUGAGCCGCGACUUGCUGGGCACGGGGGUGACCGUCAACUGCCUACACCCAGGCGCCGUCAGCACGGAUAUUUUUCGCCACCAACCAACACUCUCCAGAUUUCUAAUUAGUCUCGUUUUCAAAACACCUGAGGAGGGAGCUCAAACCACAAUCCACCUGGCUGUAUCGCCGGAACUGUGUGAUGUCACAGGGAAAUACUUUUCAGAUUGCAUUGAAACGGCAUCUUCCUGUCGCACCGAAGAUAAAGAACUUGCUGAUAAGCUGUGGGAGCUAUCCGACAAAAUUACCGAGAAAAAAUAAUCUAUCUAUUAGGACAAAUAGUCUAUAAAAUAAGUUUAAUACUUAGUAUAUAAUAAGUGUUUGGUUUCGUUAGCGUGCCAUCUAGAAGAAGUCGCUUAAGCCGAUUCCAAAAAUAAAUACUAUUUUGGGAUUUUAUAAUAUUUUAUUAUAUAUGUAAAUAAUAACAAAAUUUACAAAAUACGUUUGCAAUAGCAAACUACCCUGCAGAUUUGGAAAUAACAUGGAUUAUUGGUGUUUCAAUUAAUUGGACGUUGGUCAUAAUCAUAAUUAUAAAACAAUGGAGGUUUUAAGUGUUCAAAUAUAAUGAAUGGGUAAGUAAAUCCCAAAUGCAAUUAGCGGCUCUACCAUAAUUUCUAACGUAACAUCUAAAAUAAUAUUUUUUUACAGUAAAUGG